AUGGCGUCCACCAUGGCUGCAAAUGCGACCUCCGUACAUAAUGUGCGAACGAACAGAACAAACAUUGGUUCUUCUAGCAUGAGCAACGACCGUUCUACAAUGGGAAAGAGUUUCGGUGGAAGUAAGACAUGGAACAGCAACAUCUGGGGGGACAACAACCUCGGAAAUGGUUUUGAUGAUCAACAUCUUGCAGACACAGCCUUCGAGGGCAAAUCAGGGUCCGGGUCACUGUUGUCGACCUCUGAAUCAGAUGGAUGGACUUCGCGGCCCAACCUUCCCUGGACCACGGUUAACACAUCAGCAUCCCUGGCCCGAGGCGCGACGGCCAUAACUACAUCGCCAGUACAAGGCAGGUCUAACGAUCGAAGCGCGUCGGCACUGUCAGAGGCAGCCGACACGUCCUAUUUUUCCCUGCCACGCUCAGGAAUCGCGGGUGCCGGAGGGGCAGCAAACCACAAGACCUACCUGAAUAGCGGAUCCGAUGGUAUCUCUCCUUCGACUGAUGGUAUUUCUUUUGGUGGUUUCGGCGGAUUCAGAAAUGGCGAGGCCAGGCACAAUGUCAACUCAUCCGCCUUCGGCAGUAGCCCUGUGGGCACGCGAUUUCAGAUGAAACCUGGCACUACCCUGGACACUUCGGGCGAUGAUAUGACUAUUUCGUCUCUACCCCACGGACUGCCCGACGCGCUAGCUCAGCAGCUUCCCCGGAACCCUUACACUCACAUGUCCCACAGCUCGGCAUCGUUCGCCCCGCAGCGACAAACACAUACUUCGCAUCCGUCGUUCCACUCAGAAAACCAAGGGUUUGAUGGUAGACUGGGAACUGGCUCUAUCGAUUUGAAUACGGGCCUGGGCAAGCUUCAGCUGAAUGACAGUGGCUUUCCGACUCAGCGUCCAGCCUACAUGUCUCAGGGUUCCUUUGACGGCAAUCUCUCCCGAUCAAAGUAUGCCCAGUCCGUGGGCGAAGAGGGUAAUUACCAAUCCGUCCCUGGAUACAUGGGUGAUGGUGCGGCAGACCUCCUAGCUUACCAGGCGGCCAACAGGGCACGUCUGGAAGGCGGUGGCAUUUCUCCGUCCGAACUCACUCGCAUGGGAAGUCCUUUUUACCCUGGACUGGACGGCGCAUCAUUAGCGGGUCCGCACUUCCGAAAUGCUUCUGGUAGCCGUAUUUCCGAAGGACAGGCAGCCGCCUUGGAGCGCAAACUACGUGCCGAGGCUGAGUUCGUGUCCCCUGGGAACCCGCUGCAACGCGUGCAAUAUCCCUCUGCAUACGAGCUUGCAAAUUACCAGGCUCGUAUGAAUCCUUUGGCGGGUUACUAUCCAGUUUCCUCCUUGGCAGGCAUCGGGGCCGCAGCAUACGUCCCCAGACCCACCCGUGAGAACGACUUGUCCCAGGUUGUGCGCAGUCCAUUGCUAGAGGAGUUCAGGGCCAAUAGCAAGGGAAACAAACGUUAUGAACUUAAGGACAUCUACAACCACGUGGUUGAAUUUAGUGGCGACCAGCAUGGCUCCCGGUUCAUCCAGCAAAAGUUGGAAACCGCCAACAGCGACGAGAAGGAACAGGUUUUUCGCGAAAUCCAGCCGAACUGCCUUCAGCUGAUGACCGAUGUGUUUGGCAACUACGUGGUUCAGAAGUUGUUUGAACAUGGCAACCAGACGCAGAAGAAGAUUCUCGCCAACCAGAUGAAGGGACAUGUGCUUGCGCUGUCCACCCAGAUGUAUGGUUGCCGUGUUGUUCAAAAGGCUCUCGAGCACAUCCUUACCGACCAGCAAGCAUCGAUGGUCAAGGAGUUGGAAAACCAUGUAUUGAAAUGUGUGCGCGACCAGAACGGCAACCAUGUUAUUCAAAAGGCCAUUGAGCGGGUCCCGUCUCAAUACGUACAGUUCAUCAUAAACGCGUUUAAAGGUCAGGUCAGCCGACUUGCAGCACACCCGUACGGAUGCCGUGUUAUCCAGCGCAUGCUCGAACAUUGCGAGGAGGAAGACCGCGAGUCGAUCCUUGGUGAACUGCACGCUUGCACGCCCAAUUUAAUUCCCGACCAGUUCGGCAACUACGUCAUUCAGCACGUGAUCGAGAAUGGCGAGGAGAAGGAUCGCUCGCGCAUGAUCAUCGUCGUGAUUUCGCAGCUUCUAAUGUUCUCGAAACACAAGUUUGCUAGUAACGUGGUCGAGAAGAGUAUCGAAUUCGGGGAGGAGUCGCAGCGUCGGCACAUUAUCACCACACUCACCUCGCCCAAUGAGAGAGGGGAAAGCCCACUGCUUGGCUUGAUGCGUGACCAAUAUGGAAACUACGUUAUUCAGAAGAUUCUUACUCAGCUUCAAGGGACCGAGAAAGAGGCUCUCAUCGACCAGAUCAAGCCAUUGCUGAGCCAGCUGAAGAAAUACAGCUACGGCAAGCAGAUCGUCGCUAUUGAAAAACUCAUCUUCGAUCCCAGUUUGCCUUCGAGCAGCGCUCUUUCGCACCUCACCUCGUCCACCACACCACCGAACUCGCACAAGUCCUCUCCUCAACCUUCGAAACGGUCUAUGGAAAACGGCCAAGUGCCUGUUGGAGCAGCGCCCCCUACGCCCCCUCCGACGGAGUCCCAGACUGGCAAUGGAGCCGACUCCAAAGGCCUUGCUCGGACGACGGUGAAAUCGGCGUCGAGCUCCGAGGCCACUACUCCUGACGCGACUGUCCCGGUCGAGAUCACCGGCGCCAACUAG